AUGGCGGACCUGGUAGUUGGGUUGGCCAAGUCAGUGGUGGAAGGUGCGUUGACCAAGGCCCAGGAGGCCAUUGAGGAGGAGGCGAAGCUGCGGCAGGGCGCCAAGCCUGACCUGGUGUUCAUCACCGGGGAGUUCAGGAUGAUGCAGUCAUUCCUUAACGUCGCCAACGAGGAGCGAGUGGAGAACAAGGUGGUGACGCCGGUCCGCGAGCUAGCCUACGACGUGGAGGACUGCAUCGAGCUGCUGGUCAUGGCGCCGCCGUUGCCUCUGGAUGAGGCGCUUGAGGAGAUCGAGCAGCUGAAGGCAAGGGUGAAGGACGUGAGCAAGAGGAACGCCCGCUACAGCCUCAUCAGCGACACCGGCUCCAAGCCCACCAGCGUGUGGCUUCGCAUGAUCCCGUCCUGCAGUAGGUGUGGCGGGGCAAUCACCACAUCAAACAUGCUUGCCGAGGCAAGGGACGCCGCCAAGAGACAGCAGGUCUUGGGCGGGGAUCUCACCCAGCUCAUCACCACAUAUGAUGCUGAUGUGGUGAUCUCCGUCUGGGGGACAGGCGGCGACCAUGGGAUCACAUCCAUUGUCAUGAAGGCCUACACCGAUGCAGAGAUCUGCCAAAACUUCACCUACCGCGCCUGGGUGAAGCUCACGCAUCCUUUCGUCCCCCACGACUUCGUCCUGAGCUUGAUGGCUCAGUUUUAUGCAGAAGAAAAACAAGAAAGAGCAACCAUAUGUAUGCAUGUUCUAACCAAGAUGCAGGCCACCCAGGAAGAUCAUAUCUUCCAGGAAUUCGAGCGGAUAGUCACAAAGGAGAGGUACCUCAUCGUGUUAGAAGGCCUGUCAAGCAUGGUGGACUGGCGUUCCAUCAGGACAUUUCUGCCUCACGGGAAGAAAGGCAGCCGCAUCAUCGUGUCCACGCACCAACCCAAAAUAGCAACCUUAUGCAUCGGGCACUCUUACCAGAUCUUAGAGCUCAAGCAGUUCUCAGCCGAGCACUCUGUUUGUGUCCUCUUCAACAAGGCUUCUAGUAGCGAUGCAGAUAAAGGCAAGAAACCAAUUGUGGAUUCUUCUCUGGUUGGACGCGGGUCACAAAUGUAUGAACUUCAUAAAUAUUCGGCAAAAGCACGUAUGUCACCUUCCAAAGUUAUGUCUGUCUGGGGGAUAGCAGGUGUUGGGAAAUCAGCACUUGUCGGAGACUUGUACAAUGACUUGCGCAACAAGGAUGACACAAAGCAACCUGAAGAGAAACAAUACAAGGAGUAUCGUUGGGUGAAUGUAUCUCAUCCAUUCAAUUUAAGGGACUUCUGCCGGAGCAUACUUUCAGAUUCUCACUCGGGAAAAGACCCUAUUGAAGAGUGUCACCAGCUUCUGAAACAGAAUCGUUGCCUCAUUGUUAUUGAUGAUAUCAAUUCCAAAAAGGACUGGGAAUUAAUAAAAACUUCUUUGCUGCCUAGAUCCUCCGAUAGUGUUAUCAUUGUCAUUACAACUGACGCAAGUAUUGCAACAUAUUGUGCAAAUAACAAAGAGCUCGUGUUCAAUGUCAAAGGUCUAGAAGCUGCAGCAGCCUUUGAUCUCUUCAAACAGGUACGCAAGAGACUCGAGCCGGAUCCAUCAUCCUCUGUAGAUUGGUCUGAAGCUGUGGAGGUUAAAGAACUUAUUUUGAAGUGUGGAGGUCUUCCCAAAGUAAUAGUUGCUAUAGCAUGCGCAUUGGCCAAAAAGACGGUCACACGGAUGGAUACAAUUCUUUCUUUGAAUCAGAGAUUUAUGCACCACCUGGAGACCAAGCCAGACUAUGAUGGUCUAGGCAAUCUAUUUGCUUGGAUGCACUCCUACUUCCGUACUUGCCCGGAUUCUCUCAAGCCAUGUAUUUUCUACUCGGCAAUAUUUCCUCAAGAUCAGAUCAUUCGGCGGAGGCGGCUAGUAAGGUGGUGGAUUGCAGAGGGCUACUCCAGGGAUUGCGAUGACAUAUCUGCAGAGGAAAACGGAGAGCAGCAGUUCUCCGAGCUCCUUGAUUUGAGCAUAAUGCAGCAGGUACCACAGCUAGUCACAACCACGGAAUUCAGUGACAAAAGGAUGGCAAUGUGUAAGGUCAAUGGUUUCAUCCGUGAGUACAUCAUCCCACUGCGGAAAGAAGAAAACCUUGUGUUUGAGCUGGUGGGUAAUUGUGCAUUAACCACCCAACGCACAGGACGCCACCUUGUCAUAAUGGAGGACUGGGACAGAGACAGGAUUGUAUUUGAGAGCAUUGACUUCUCACGGCUACGAUCACUGACAGUGUUUGGAAAGUGGGAAUCCUUCUUCAUUUCGGAAAGUAUGAAGCUGCUUCGGGUGCUUGAUCUGGAGGAUGCAUCGGAAGUAGAGUAUGAUGACCUUAAGAAGAUGGUCAAAUGGUUGCGUCGCCUCAAGUUCCUCUCACUGCGAGGACGGCAAGAGAUCUACCACCUACCAAGUUCCUUAGAUCAUCUGAGGCAGCUCCAGACUCUAGAUGUCAGAGGCACCUCCAUAGUCACCCUGCCAAGGAGCAUCACCAAGUUACAGAAGCUACAGUACAUUCACACCGGCAUCAUCGUCCCGGUUGCUUUAGCACCACCUGCUCAAUCAAGCUGGUUCUGCAGAAACUGUUGUACAGUUGGUGUUGAGGUGCCCAGAGGGAUCGAGGAACUGACGGCGUUGCACACGCUUGGAGUCGUCGAUGUUGGUGCUUCAGGAGGGAAGGCCAUCCUUGAGGAGCUCGAGAAGCUCACCCAACUGCGCAAGCUUGGAGUGUCCGGCAUCAACAAGCAUAAUAGCAAGAAGUUCUUAUCUGUAAUCAAGGGUCACGGCCAUCUGGAGUCAUUAUCAGUGCAGCUCGACAAGGACAAUCAAGGGUGCUUGGUUGGUAUCUCCCUCCCUUUGGAUAACCUACAGAGUCUUAAGUUGUAUGGGCUUGAAAACGGGUUGCCAGUGCCACUACCAAGUAACCAGUUUACCAGGCUGAGGAAGUUGGCUCUGGAUAUGGACACUUUAAUGCAAAAUGAUAUUGAUUUCCUUGCCAACCUACCAGAACUAUGUAUUCUACGCCUUCGAGUCAAACAGCAGCUUCAGGGUGGUAGGCUCCAUUUUUAUGCCGAGAUGUCUGGAGAGCAGUUGGUCACCUUCGAAAAGGUGAAGAUCCUCGAGAUUGCUUGCAGCUCCAGCGAAUUACAAGUUACAUUUGGAUCAAAAUCGAUGAAGAAUCUUGAGCUUUUCAAGAUUGACUACUCCAGUGGUACAUCAUAUCAGCUUGCCGGCAUGAAUAAUCUAUCUGAACUGAAGCAAGUCUUGCUCAUGGGUACCAAUGAUGAAGAAUUCAGGACACGGUUUGCGAGCCAUCUUGCCAAUCAUCCCAACGGACUUGUUGUGAAGCUGGAGGAACUACCGCGCUCGUCCUGA